GCCAUUGACAUUUGAAGAUCAUCUGAAGUGAAGAUAAAACAUCUCAAAAAUCAUAAUUGCCUCCACUUCUCAUUCAGAGAACUCGGUGCAUACAAAAUCAGCUUCUGUUGUAUCAUCAGAUUCCAUUUCAACUUCAGCAGACAACUUUUCUCCUGAUUUGAGGGUCCUGAGGGAGUCAAACAAAUUAGCAGAAAUGGAAGAACCACUGCUGCCAGGAGAAAAUAUUGAAGACAUGGCCAAAGAUGUAACUUAUGUACAUCCCUUCACUGCUGCAGUACGAGGAACGCUGACUGUCACAAGUUACCGAUUAUAUUUCAAGAGCAUGGAACGGGAUCCCCCAUUUGUUCUAGAUGCUUCACUUGAAGUGAUUAGUAGAGUAGAAAAAAUUGGUGCUUCUAGCCGAGGUGAAAAUUCAUAUGGACUGGAAACUGUGUGCAAGGCUAUUAGGAAUUUACUAUUUGCUCAUAAGCCUGAGGGGCGAACAAGGAGAUCCAUAUUUGAGAAUCUAAUGAAAUAUGCAUUUCCCAUCUCCAACAGCCUGCCUCUUUUUGCUUUUGAAUAUAAAGAAGUAUUCCCAAAUAAGAUGGGGGGGGGAAAAAAAGAAGUAUUCCCUGAAAAUGGGUGAAAACUAUAUGACUCUCCUUUAAAGUACAGAAGACAGGGAAAUCCAAAUAAAAGCUGGAGAAUAACAAAGAUAAAUGAACACUAUGAACUUUGUGACAUGUAUCCUGCUCUCUUGGUGGUGCCAGCAAACAUUCCUGAUGAGGAAUUGAAAAGAGUGGCAUCCUUCAGGUCAAGGGGAUGGAUCCCAGUUUUAUCAUGGAUUCACCCUGAAAGCCAAGCCACAAUCACUAGAUGCAGCCAGCCCAUGGUAGGAGUAAGUGGGAAGCGAAGCAAAGAAGAUGAGAAAUAUCUUCAAGCUAGCAUGGAUUCCAAUGCCCAGUCACACAAAAUCUUUAUAUUUGAUGCCUGGCCAAGUGUUAGUGCUGUUGCAAAUAAGGCAAAGGGUGGAGGUUAUGAAAGUGAAGAUGCCUAUCAAAAUGCAGAACUAGUUUUUCUGGAUAUUCACAAUAUUCAUGUAGAAUCACUACGGAAACUUAAGGAGAUUGUGUAUCCCCCCAACGUUGAGGAAACUCACUGGUUGUCUAACUUGGAAUCCACUCACUGGCUGGAACAUAUUGAGCUCAUUCUCGCAGGGGCUCUUAGGAUUGCUGACAAGGCGGAGUCAGGGAAAUCUGUGGUGGUGCUCUGCAGUGACCGCUGGGAUCGCACAGCUCAGCUCACCACGCCAGCCAUGCUCAUGUUGGAUGGAUACUGCCGAACCACACGAGGAUUUGAAGUUCUCGUGGAGAAAGAGUGGCUGAGCUUUGGACAUCGGUUCCAACUAAGAGUUGGCCAUGGAGAUAAGAACCACGCAGGAGACAGAUCACCUGUUUUCCUGCAAUUUAUUGAUGGUGUCUGGCAAAUGACAAUACAGUUUCCAACCACAUAUGAAUUCAACGAAUAUUCUCUCAUUAUUAUUUUGGAUCACCUAUACAGCUGUUUAUUUGGAGCAUUCCUUUGUAACAGUGAACAGCAGAGAGGAAAAGAGAAUCUUCCUAAAAGGACUGUUUCACUGUGGUCUUACAUCAAUAGCCAGCUGGAAGACUUCACUAAUCCUCUCUAUGGGAGCUACUCCAAUCAUGUCCUUUAUCCAGUCGCCAGCAUGCGCCACCUAGAGCUCUGGGUGGUUUACAUAAGGUGGAACCCACGGAAGCAGCCACGGGAGCCUGUUCAUAGCAGAUAUAAAGAACUUCUUGCUAAGUGAGCAGAGCUUCAGAAAAAAGUCGAGGAACUCCAGAGAGAAAUUUCCAACCGAUCAACCUCAUUCUCAGAGACAGCCAGCUCUCCUGCACAGUGUAUUGCUCCUGUCCAGACUGUUGUAUGA